UUUCUUUUUAUAAAAAUGAAAAAUGUCAAAAUGUAUUAUUAUUUCCCAUUCCGUAAAUAACUAAAUAUUCAGAAAAUCUAAUAAUUAAAUUUCUAUUUUUCCCGUUCGAGGUUUCAAAAUCUAGAGAGAGAGAGAGAGAGAGAAGCCGUUGAGGAAGUGAAAAAGGAGAAUAUAUAAGGAGGGUGGGAAGGAAACGCAGGGCCGAAACUGCGGCGUUUCAAUUCUGACGGGGGAGAUAUUCUCUGCCUUCUGAUGAUCUCGAGAAUUCUCAACAGCACUCGUUGAUCAUCUCGAUGCGAUUGGGUUCAGUGACAGAUGUUUUGUGCGCUUCAAGAUUCGAGAUCAUGGACCUCAUGUGAAUUCUCUGCUGUAUGUGCGCACAUACGCAGUACGUAUACUAGGUUUUCAAUCCGUUUCUUUCUUUCUUUCUUUCUUUUUUUAAAAAAUAAUAAUUUGUGAAGGACUUGAAAUUUGAAGUUGAUUAGAUCUGAGUCUUUGUUUUUUAUUAUCAAAAGCAAUCGAGCUGGAAUUGCCGCCUUCUGUGUUAUUUUCAUCUCUUUCUCUUCCCGGUGUGUAAAUUCAUACAGUUCAGUUUUUUCUUUUUUGAAAAUUUUAAUGUAAGAUCUGAGCUAAGCAAGAUGAAGGGGGAGGGAAAUUUUUAAUUCUUAUGUUUUAAAUUGAGUUGGAUGAUUUGGGAGAUGGAAAAUUUUGACUCCUAUGCUUUAUGGUGAGAUGCUAAGGGCUAAGCAAAGGAACUGAUUGUAUUAGGCUAUUAGCGCUCAAGAUUUAUAAAAUUAUUACAUCAUUGUCUCUUGCAAUUCAUUUAUGCAAGUAAGCUCUCACAAAAGCGGGGGCAAAAGGUCCCCUUCACCAUCAGCGUUGGUGAAAUAGUGUUUCUUGGGAAUAAAGGGUUAUUUUGCUUGAACCCCAAGCUGAAUUUAUUCCACAGAAGAGUACUCAUUUUGGUGCAUGGUCAUUGCAUUAUGUGGUGUAGGAUACACUUCUUCAUUUAGACUCUUAAGGAGUCAGCCGUAGAUCGGAUUGAUGUACAAUGCAGAGAUCACGUAGAGCUCUUCUUCAGCGAAGAGCUUUGGCGAUCAGCAGAAGAAAUCGCUUGUAUAAGGUUUCUCUAUCUUUGGUUUUCGUUUUGUGGGGACUUGUCAUCCUCGUUUGCUUAUGGACCGGCCGGGGCAAUAGUUACAGAGAUGGAUCUAGAGCAGCUUCAGAUGGCACACCCGCUUGGGAAGAGACUAAGAGGGCACUUGGUAAGGGCUUUCGCUCUGUAGAAAAAGAUUCAUUACCAGAAAGCGAUUCCAAGAUUUGUUAUGAUAGUUCACACACAAAUGGUGCUAAGACCAAGUCUGGAAACAGAUUACGAGCUAACGAGGAUAAUAUAAAUCAUAACUCUGCACUUGAAGCACAGGCUGAGGUGAAAAACUCUGGUUUGGUUGCAAAAUCUGGGAGGGAUUCAUCGAUGUCUGACAGGCUACUCCGUGUUGUGCCACCAAGUCUUGAUGAAUUUAAGAGCAAAGUAUUCAACUCUAAAAGCAAGUUUGUAGCUGAUCAGGUUGGAGGUAUAAAACAUAGAGUGGAGCCUGGUGGUGCAGCAUAUAAUUAUGCUUCAGCUUCAAAGGGAGCAAAGGUUUUGGCUUUUAACAAGGAAGCAAAGGGUGCCUUCAAUAUCUUGGGCAAAGACAAGGACAAGUAUCUUCGAAAUCCAUGUUCUGCUGAAGAGAAAUUUGUUGUCAUAGAACUUUCUGAAGAAACCUUAGUUGAUACAAUUGAAAUUGCAAAUUUUGAGCAUUACUCUUCUAAUUUAAAAGAUUUCGAGCUUCUUGGCAGUUUGGUUUACCCAACAGAUAUAUGGGUUAAACUUGGGAAUUUUACUGCUGCAAAUGUUAAGCAUGCUCAGAGAUUUGUUCUUCAGGAGCCAAGAUGGGUGAGAUAUUUAAAGUUGAAUCUGCUGAGCCAUUAUGGUUUGGAAUUCUACUGCACAUUGAGCGUUGUCGAAGUGUUUGGUGUGGAUGCUGUUGAGCGAAUGCUGGAGGAUUUAAUAUCUGCUCAAGAUAAUCGGUUCGUACCUGAGGAACCUACUGAUGAGCAGAAUCCACUGCCCUCUCAAUCGGAAUCCACUGAAGGUGAUGACAUUUAUCAAAAUAUUAUUGAAGAAAUGGAACCUGACUCUGCACUCAAAACCUCUAAUGUGAAGCAUGAAGCAACGAAAAAUACUGUGCCUGAUCCGAUUGAAGAAAUACGUUAUCAGCAGGCUGGUCGUAUGCCUGGGGACACAGUUCUUAAAAUACUUAUGCAAAAAGUUCGUUCACUAGAUUUAGAUUUAUCUGUUUUGGAGCGAUACCUUGAGGAUCUGAACUCCAAAUACAGCAACAUCUUCAAUGAAUUUGAUAAAGAAAUAGAGGAGAAAAAUUUUCUCUUGGAGGAGAUCAGAUCAGACAUAAGGAGUUUUCUUCAAAGCAAGGAGGCCAUUGUUAAAGAUAUCAGCGGCCUUGUUUCUUGGAAAUCCAUUGUUUCCAUGCAGUUGGAUAAUCUUCUCAGGGACAAUGCUGUUCUCAGGUCAGAGGUGGAGAAGGUGCAGAAGAAUCAGAUACACUUGGAGAACAAGGGUGUGAUGGUGUUUCUUGUAAGCUUAAUUUUUGGGUUGUUAGCUUUCCUGAGGCUGUUCAUAGAUACGGUGUUGAGUAUAUAUAGGUUAAGUAGAUCCGGGAAAUUUUGUUGGACGAGCUCUUCCUGGCUUUUCCUACUGUUGAGCUGUUGCAUUGUACUCGUAAUCCUCACACUAUAAAUCAUAUAAUACCCAUGUGUGAAUUACCCCUCCAA